GGGUCUUGUAUCAUGACCCAUUUUGACCAUAACAAAGCUUCAUUUUCACUCUUUUCACUCAUGUUUUCAUUUUGCCUAAAUCUUCAGUUGGGAUCCUCGGCAAUGACCUCUCCCUGGAUAUCGCAUCAUUGGGCUAGCCCAAUGGACCAUGGUGAUGUGAAACUUAUGUGCUUUUUACAUGCACAAGUUGGAUCCUUCGUUCCUCUCAUUUUUUAAGACUAGUCGAGUCAAGUCCAGGCAUCAAGCGCACCUCUUGGACUGAGCCAAGGUCAAAUUUCCGCCGUAUAUUUUGUGCGAGAAAAGGAACCACGAAAAAUACCAAACUUGUUGACUGCAACUGAUCCAUCCAUUCCAUUGGAAGCAAGAAGGGCAGCUAGCAAAGAACAGCUAGCAAAGCACGGCUGGUAGAUUGCUUGACAAAAGAAUCUACGUCAGAAACUUCGACUCCACAGCUCGACGGCGAAUUGGAUACUCGACUCAGUCAAGGACAAGAUCGACCUUUCCAACGAUGUUUGUCUUGUGCAAAGAUGUCAUCUCCAAGAUGACUCGAAAGCGAGCCUUUGUGGUAUCUGUUGCCUUGAUACUACCCAUGCUGUCGCUCCUGUGGGAACUUGAUGGCUCCAAUUCCCGAUAUCUCGACAUUGCAACGACGAGUUUGCGCGCAUCGAUUGGUAGCUCGGCAUCGGGGGCCUAUGGAGGAUACGCCAGUAGCCGUUCAUAUCCUGUCAAGAGGAGUGACAGCCAGAAUCCCCGGAAGCAAGAACUUCCCCAACUGGAAACGGUGUCAGGAGCCGUCGAGUUUGUAAUGAGUCGACGACAGGCAUACCAGGAAUACAAGGGAGCAGGGGUUUCCAUUGCCAAUCAAUGGAAGCUCAGGGGGCAUGGAUACUUAUACAAAUAUCAAAGCAUUGUGCUGGCAGCCGAGUCUCCACAACAGCCAACCAGAAAAGGGCGAAAUCUGGUUAAGAUCUGGAAUGUACACAGGCGAACUGCUCGCAACUUUCAGGAUUGCCAUCUGCUGACACUUUGGGUAAGAGUGAGUGGACCUGAGAUUUUUGCUGGGAGCCCAAGUGUCGUUGAAGUGUCGAAGGACCAAGCAUGUCAUUGGGAGUUUGAGUUUGACAUCCAAAACGAAGGAAUCUACGAAGUGGACGCCAAAAUGCUCCUGUGGAAUGGAUUAGCCCCUGUGAAGAUGACAGAUGUUCGGCAGUCUUCAAAUGGCAAGUCCACGGGACAAAGCAACCAGUGUCCUGAUACAAAGAUGGACCGGGACGCACCUUCAGAUGUCGUGGAGGCGUCGCACCACAACGGAUUCAUAGGAUUUAAGUUCUACUCCCCGCUCUCGGCUUGCUGUGAAAUCUGCCGAAGAGUAGAAGGCUGCAACCACUGGACAACACCUCCUAAUGGCCUGGAACCCAGCUUAGCCAGGAAUGGAUGUGAGUUGUACUACAACAAGACACUGGUGCCAUCUGAAGAAAUUCCGACAAGCCGCAUGCUAGCAGAAGCUGGAAUCCAUCAGGAGCAACACCGCCGCCGCUUGAACGACCACUUACUCGCUUCAGGAAGCCCAAUAAGUGCCAACACAGAGGUUGCUCAGUUCUUGGGCUGUGGCUGGAGUUUUCAUUUUUCGCUUGACUUCCCAUGCCUUUCGGGGGAUUUGGACGAUCACAUCUUCAUGAUCAAUCGCACGUUUGUGGUUGAGCACCAGAUGCUAGAGCUUGGAGAAGUCCAAGCUCAGCCUGACGUAGUUCAAGAAAGCCUUCCUCUGUGCCAACUGAAUCAUGAAGUUUUCCGCGAUGACGACCUACCAAGUGGGCGAUGGGUUCGUGAGCAUUGGCCGAGCCAAAAGAUGUGCCCAUACCCUCGGCAAGUAGAUCAAUCUUUCAAAGGCAUGUUCGAAAUCACAGCAUUUGAUGGUGCUCAUCCUCACUGCUGGCACAGGGAUGACUUAUCUCUAGCCAGACAGAAGUGUGCAGAAGCCAACUGUCGGCUCAUUCCUGUUGACUCAAAAUGGGAAUCAUCUUCACUUCAUCAGGAAGCAGAGUGGAUGGGAUCUUGGAGAAGCUAUGAGUGUGAGUACAACGAAUUUACCAAUGACCAGUUGCAGCAAUGCAUCACAGAGCGCAAGAUAAGCUCCAUUUCAACUUCUGGGGUCAGCAUUGCUGCCAUGAUGAAUCAGUACCUUCAAGUCCGAACGGCAAGCUUAAACUUCACCCAACCAGCACCUGGAUACAGCCACGACGGCUUGCGUUCAGUUGUGAUUGAUAGCCUUCGCUGGCCCCACCUUCUUUGGCACCAAGGCGAAGAUGAAUGGGAGGAUACACUUCGGGGUUUGCCGGAUGUAAAUAUCACCAAAGAAGAACACUACUGGGUUACAAGCUUCUUUGUGGCCAGUGAGCGAGAACCAUAUGUGCAUGUAGCCAGAGCAGAGAAGCUGGCCCAUCUUGCCCAGACAAUACUGACGCCAAAGGGCUACAAAAUGAUCAAUGCAUAUGACCUUUCUGCUGCCUUUGCAUUUGACACAGCUGGCCAAGGAGAUGGGUUGCACAUCAUUGGGCCACCUAUGAAGGCCAUUUUCACCAAGAUUUUCCAUCACAUGUGCUCUGGGUUUGUGGGAGGGAAGGUUUACCCCAUCAGAGAAAAACAGCCAGAUGAGCCAGAAGUGCCAAAGCUUGAACAAAAGCUAGCUGAUCCUCAAGUGGAGCCAACCCAAUUACUAAAAGCUUCACCAACAGCAAAUCCACAGACAAAUCCUGCUGAGAUUGGGUCUCAAUUGGAGGUUCCAAAACAGCAAAAGGCUUGGACACCACAGAAGAAGCCAGUGCUGCCUCAAAAGAAGACUAUGAAGGAUGCAGUGCGCUUUGUGUUGGACCGGAAACUUGCCUAUCAACAUCAUGAAGCAGAACUACCAAUAGCCAACCAAUGGAAACUUCGUGGACAUGGUUAUUUGUAUACCUAUCACGACAUUGUCCUAGCAGCAGAAGGACCAGGAAAGUCAGUUAAAUUGGGCCAGAACAAUGUGAAGAUCUGGAACGUUCACGAGAAGACACAAUUAAGUUUUCAAAACUGUCACCUGUUGACAAUGUGGGUGCGUGUCAGUGGACCAGAAAUUUUUGCAGGAUCCCCUACUGUAGUUUCAGCAGUGCCUGGGCAUUCUUGCCAUUGGGAAUUUUCAUUUGAUGUCCAGAAGCAAGGCAGCUAUGACAUUGAUAUUAAAAUUCUGCUGUGGAAUGGAAUGGCUCCUGUUCAUUUCUAUCGCUCACCUGUGGGAAAGCUUCCUGAUGGCAAAGAGAUUACAGAAGGCAGUCAGUGUCCAAAUGUCCAGAUGAACCAAGUUCCUCCUGGGGAUGGACUGGGUCAUCACAAUGGGUUCAUUGGCUUCAAGUUCUAUUCUCCAAUAACUGCCUGUUGUGAGAUCUGCAGACGGACAGAAGGUUGCAUACAAUGGAGCACCCCUCCAAGAGAUUUUGAAGCUAGCCGGGUCCGGAAUGGAUGUGAGCUCUAUUACAAUACCUCCUUGGUGGAAUCAAACGACAUUCCCAGAAGUCACAUGCUGGCUGAAGCGAGAGUGUCGCAGACCCAAAGGAGGCUUCACAAAAAUGUACUUGAUGCACUUGGCACCCCUGAGAGCAACAACACAGAGACAUCCUACUUCCUGGGCUGUGGGUGGAGUUACCAUUUCACACUUGACUUUCCUUGUCUCUCAGGAGAUUUAGAUGACCAAGUGUACUUGGUGAACCCAUCGUUUGAAGCAACUGGUGUGACGCAAAAGGGAAAGCACAAGCUUCCUUUGUGCCAAGCAUCUCAUGAAGCAUUGUUCCGAAAUGAUGGCCGCCCAAGUGGACGAUGGAUGAUCCAGAAUGCAUCAGACACAUCUGUCUGCCCUUUUCCACGACAAAGAGUGUUCCAGAUUACAGCUCACAAUGGUGACUUCCCCCAUUGCUGGCACCGAGAUGACCUGAGUGAUGUCCGAAACAACUGUGGUGAACCAAACUGUAAGCUCAUUACCACUGCUUCCAAGUGGGAGGCUUCCAAACUACACCAACAAACUGACUGGAUGGGUGUGUGGAGAAACUAUGACUGUAACUACUUGGAAUUCACCAACAACCAGCUCCAAACAUGCCUGACCAAGAGAAGAAUAUCCUCGAUCCAAACAAAAGGAGCAUCCAUUUCAGGCAUGAUGAAGAAAUACCUCAAUGUACGCCUCGCAAACACAACACUAGACAAGAGUGGGACCAUAGAGGUUGUUGUGGACACACUGAAGUGGCCGCAUUUGCUGUGGCAUGAGAGUGAGGACGAUUGGAUUGAAAAUCUGAGCCAUUUCCCUAGCGUAGACCCUUCGAAGAAGGAGCACUACUGGGUUUCUGGUUUCUUUGUCACCAGUGAGCGAGAACCAUAUGUUCAGGUUGAAAGAGCCCGCAGAUUGAUUGAAGUCAUGGAUUCAAUUCUGACACCGAAGGGGUACAAGAUGAUCAAUGCCUUUGAGCCCUCUGCUGCCUUUUCGCAUGACACUGCAGCACAAGGUGAUGGUCUUCACAUUUUGGGUCCACCAAUGAAGUCAAUACUGACCAAGGUGUUCCACCAUAUGUGCUCAGAUGUGGUGGAUGGGUCAAUUUCGUGAGGCUGGCGGAGUCUCUGGAGAUCCAGCAAUUCUUUCUGCCCAUGGAUUCCUGCCAUUGUUCUCUUUAGUCUUAAACAUUUCAAUCUCCUGUAAAAUAGCACCUCCAUAUUUUCGU